AUUCAAUUUUUAGAAAAACUAAAAAACUGGAUUAAGAGGGUCACCAAACACCGAUCAUAAAAGUCGUUUUAUUUUGGCGUUUGUUACUCGGUCAUACUGCAAAAACAUAAAAACACUGAUAAAAACAAAUAAUUUACUGCCUUUGUCAGCUAAUCUUACUGGGUUGAGUGCUCAGUAUUGUCCAGCAGGCCAGUUAAACUUUGCCCUCCAUCGAUUCACCAUGGCAGCCUACCAAAUGGGAUCGGGUCAUGCUGUGCCCAUGAGCCUUUUCCGAGGCAACAGGGAUCGCGCUGUCAAGGCCAUCCUCCAAGAGCUGCUCCCGGGGCUUAAGUUCGAUUCGGGAAACCUGCUGGUGCUCCUCGAGGGCGGCAAGGACAAGAGCUUGUACAACACCGACGUGGACUACGUUUUCCGGCAGGAGUCGUACUUUCAGUACCUAUUCGGGGUCAAGGAGCCGGGGUGCUACGGCAUUCUCACUAUCGACGUGAAGACGGGCGACCAAAGGAGCGUUUUAUUUGUGCCACGCUUUCCGGACGAGUACGGCACAUGGAUGGGUGAACUGCUCCUCCCACAGGACUUUAAAGAUAUGUACGAGGUGGACGAGGCUCUCUAUGCCGACGAACUCAACGUCUAUCUGGAGGGGGCGUCGCCCAAGUUGAUACUCACGCUAAGCGGCACUAAUAGUGAUAGCGGACUUACCCUUCAGCCGCCUGAGUUCGAAGGCAAGGAGAAGUACGUGACCGACUGCGAUUUGCUCUAUCCCAUCCUGUCUGAGUGCCGGGUGAUCAAGUCGCCCGAAGAGAUCGAAGUGCUGCGUUACGUGGCUAAGGUCUCGUCCGACGCUCACAUUAGGGUGAUGAAGUUCAUGCGUCCGGGCCGCAUGGAGUUUGAGGGCGAGUCCCUGUUCCUGCACCACGCCUACUCUGUCGGUGGCUGUCGUCACGCCUCUUACACCUGCAUAUGCGGUAGCGGGACGAACUCAUCGAUCCUGCACUACGGCCACGCCGGAGCUCCCAACAGCCGACCCGUCCAGGAUGGCGAUCUCUGUCUUUUCGACAUGGGAGCCAACUAUUGCGGCUACGCAGCAGACAUCACCUGUACGUUCCCAGCCAACGGAAAAUUCACCGAGGACCAGAAGUUCAUCUACAACGCCGUGCUGGAUGCACGCAAUGCAGUUACAGAGGCGGCAAGAGAUGGAGUGUCCUGGGUGGACAUGCACAAGCUGGCGGGCCGUGUGAUGUUGCAGCGCCUCAAGGAGGGCGGCAUGCUCAACGGAGAUGUGGAGGAGAUGCUUGAGGCAGGUGUUUCCGGCGUGUUCCAGCCCCACGGGCUGGGUCAUUUGAUUGGUCUAGAUGUGCAUGACGUGGGUGGCUACCUGCCCGCCGAGCCAAAGCGCCCCAGCGAGCCGUGGCUGAGCAAGUUGCGCUUUGCCCGCAUUCUCAGAGCCGGUAUGUAUGUGACCAUUGAGCCGGGCUGCUACUUCAUCAAUUGGCUGAUGGACCGCGCCCUGGCCGAUCCAAACAUCGCUAAAUACAUCAAUGUGGAGAUGUUCAACCGCUUCCGGAGAUUUGGAGGCGUGCGCAUCGAAGAUGAUGUACUAAUCACUAAAACUGGCGUCGAGAACUUUGCAAUUGUGCCACGGACAGUCGAGGAAAUCGAGGCAGCCAUGAGCUCGGCAUAAACAUGACCUGCGGCUCACUUCUGAGGUAAUAUUUUGUACACUUAUGCAUAUGUAAUAUACUUGUAACAUAAUCAAAUUAUGGAAUAAUCGACAAAUAAAUGUUUUGAGGUCUGAUAAAUACUA